GGCUCCACAUGAACCAUCCCAAAACCCUAGUCCACAACAUCGAGUCCUUGGCCAAAUUCGGUUACUUCAAAGACUUGCCGGAGAUUCUUUACCUUCUUCUAGAAUCUCCUGAUAUCCGGAUUAAGCAAAAGAAAGAGUGGCGCAGGAAAAAAUAUGACGAGCCAACUUUGGUGGGGAAGGAUAUUGCAAGCGCCGCCAGGAAAGAGAAGCGCGUGGCCAUGGCGAAAAAGGCCCUUGAGAGAUACAAGAGCGACAAGGAAUUCCAGAUCUUGCACGACAGCGUAUCGGACUUGUUCGCCAAGUUUCUGAAGGCCGACGUCGAGUUAUUGAACUCCGGCAACUUUUACGACAUCAGUUUGGCGGCCAAGUGGUGCCCGUCGCUCGAUUGCUCGUUUGACAAGUCGAUUUUGCUCUGCGAGAGCAUUGCGAGGAGGGUUUUCCCGGUUGAUUCCCAUCCGGAAUACAGAGGCAUCGAAGAUGCCCAUUAUGCGUACAGGGUGCGGGAUCGGCUGAGGAAGGAAGUUCUGGUUCCGAUUAGGAAGUCGUUGGAGCUGCCUGAGGUCUACAUGUCAGCCAAUCGGUGGAAUGAGAUUCCGUACAACAGGAUUCCCUCGGUAGCCAUGAAUCUGUACCGAGAAAAGUUCUUGAAGCACGACGAAGAGCGGUUUGUGAAGUAUUUAGAAGAUGUUAAAGUUGGGAAAUCAACAAUUGCUGCAGGGGCUUUGCUUCCGCAUGAGAUUAUAGCCUCUGUGAAAAACGGAGACGCUUCAUUUCAAGUGGCUGACCUUCAGUGGAAGAGAAUGGUGGAGGAUCUGUCCAAGGAAGGCAAGUUGAGGAACUGCCUCGCUGUCUGCGACGUCUCCGGGAGCAUGUAUGGGACCCCUUGGGAAGUCUCUGUUGCAAUGGGGUUGUUGGUUUCCGAUCUGAGCGAAGAGCCGUGGAAGGGGAAGGUUAUUAUUUUUAGCAAAUCACCUCAGCUUCAUAUAAUUGAGGGCGAUGAUCUUCAGUCGAAGAUGAAGUUUGCGGAGAACACAAUAAACUUUUUGAACACCGAUUUUCAGAAGGUGUUUGAUCUUAUAUUGCAAGUGGCGGUGGAUGGAAAGUUGAAGGAGGACCAGAUGAUCAAGAGGAUCUUCGCGUUUAGUGACAUGGAGUUUGACAAUGCUUCGUGCAAUGAUUGGGAAACCGACUACAAAGCUAUACAGAGGAAGUUCAGGGAGAGAGGGUAUGGCUCUGUGGUGCCGGAGAUUGUGUUUUGGAAUCUAAGGGACUCGAAAUCAACGCCGGUGACUAUCUCCGACGAGGGGGUGGCGCUGGUGAGUGGGUUUUCAAAGAAUUUGAUGAAGUUGUUCUUUGAUGGUGAUGGGAUAAUUAACCCGGCGGAUAUCAUGGAAGCUGCCAUCUCCGGCGAAGAGUAUCAGAAACUUGCUGUGGUGGAUUGAUAAUCUCUGCAGUGUACUUGGUCGGGUUGCGUGUGGUUCUUCUAUGAAUCAAAGUCAUCGGCUUUGGCAAGGGGUGUCCCCAAUAUCCUUUCCUCUAUAAUGAGAGAAGAAUGGUGCUCACAUACUAUCUCUGGUGCAAGUUCUUCAUAAAACCCGCUCAAACAUUGAGAUUUAGGAUGUGUUUGAGAUUGCGAUUUUGCAAGAAUGAUUUGUGUUUUUAAAAGAUAUUGCAAAACGAAAGAUGUUUGGC